AUGGCAGCAAUCCCGUCUGGCGGUUCACUCGUAGCAACCCACGACCACUACCGAAGACGUCUGGGUUCCACUUCCAGCAACAGCUCCUGUGGAAGUGCUGAGUACUCUGGGAAAAUGAUCACCCACCAUCCUGGUCUUCCCAAAUCAGACCCAGGCCACUGGUGGGCGAGCUUCUUUUUCAGGAAGUCGAGUCAUCCAUUUAUGACAACUGUAUUGGAAUCCCCAGAGAACUCAAGAACUUUCCAGGUUGCUCAUGGCAUGAUCACCUGUGACCUGGCUCAGGAGGCCAUGAAGAAGCGGUAUGUCAACGAACCCAGCAAAACAAACACUGGGCCUUCUGCAUGA